AACAUUGAAAACGAUUCGUUACCUGUUGCUGAUAACGUGCGAUUGUGCCCUUUACGCGCAAAAACUGAUAAGAUUAGAUAUCUUUUGGGAAAUAAGCCUCAAAAUGAAAACUUUACUUGUUAGUCAGUUAUAUACAAUUACUCUUGUUGAAUAAACGGUGUUAAUCUUACAAUAUAUCAUGAAGACAGUUUUAGACAUAUUUUAUAUCUUAACAGUGCUCUUUUUAAUAAUAAAUUUGGGAUUUGCAAUACCAGGAUCUGAAAUUGAAGGAACAAAACCAAAAGACACACUCAAAAAGGAGGAGCUGCCACAAAAUAUAGUAUGCAAUAAAUGUAAUUGCGAUUCAGAAAAUAGUCUUAUUGAUUGCACAAAUAAGCUAAAUGAGUGGUUUUCUGAAAAUGAAUGGGCAAUCAUUCAAAACGAUAAACUUAUAUUUGAGACUAUUAAAAUGGAACACAAUAAUUAUACGACAAUUCCUAAAUUUCCAACCUACGGCGUGAAAAACCUGUAUUUGGGAUAUAACCAAAUAUCGUCGAUUACAAUUGGAGCUUUUCAAAAUUUAACAGAGCUUUCCAGGCUUGAUUUGUCAAAUAACAAAUUAACUUCAAAGAACUUACUUCCUGAUGUUUUCAAAGGACCAUUUUCAGAACAGGAUUUUGAGCCGCUUAAAAACCUAAGGUCCCUAAAUUUGGGAUAUAAUCUCUUACAUUUCUUAAAUGAUGAUUUGUUUGAACAUCUUCCAAAUCUUGAAGAGCUUAUUUUGUGCUCUAAUACUUUUCAAGUGAUCGAUAAACUUACGGAAACUGCACUCUCUGGACUGUCUGCAUUGAAGGUUUUGGAUAUGUCGUACAUGGAACUAAAAACAUUGCCUGAAACAAUUUUUCAUGGACCUCGAGGACUGGAGACCCUAAUAGCAUCAGGAAAUCUAUUUAAUCAAGUACCUAAAGCUCUUUCGUAUGCGAAGAACUUAAAGCGCCUUGUUUUAGAUGAAAAUCCCAUCACAAACUUAGAAGGAGAAAAUGUUUUUCCUGCGAUGACCUACUUAAAAUACCUUAGUAUUUCAUAUAUGCCCGAACUGUACAAAAUUGGACAAGGAGCACUGAAUAACCUACAAAAUCUAACAGAAUUAAUUUUAAGUGAUAACAAGAUGCUUACAGAAAUCGAUGAAUAUGCCUUAGCGAAAAAUGUUACAGGGGCAAACUUUUUGGAUUAUCCCCCGCUUGAAAAGCUUUAUUUAAAUAACUGCAAUCUAACUGCAUUGCCAAGAACUUUAAUUGUUCGCUGGGAUAAACUUUACGUAAUAGAUCUUCGAUUUAACCCAUGGAAUUGCGAUGCCUCUAACGAGUUUAUGAUAAAUUACUUAAUUCAAAGAAUAAACAACAGCACGCCACUUCUAGCAACAAAUGUUAAAUGUGAACUUCCACAACAGUUGAAAGGCGUGGAGGUUUUAAAUGUUGCAAAUGACAAAUUAUUAGGAUCUUCACGCAAUGGCAGUCUGGUCUGGAUUGUCAUAAUAGUGUGCGUUCUCUUAGCAGUGCCCAUUACUAUAUCUGGUGUAAUAUUUUAUAGACGCGGGUAUUGUCGCUGUGUUCAGAAAGAUGAGACAGCUAAAAGGGCGUUGUAUAGUCGAGCAAACUUUAGCGAGGAUUUUCAUAUAUAAUAAAUUAGUCAUACAGUCAACAUAGAACGUAUUUGAAUGAGCAUAACUAUAUAUGUUUUGUUUAUAAUUAAGAAAUAAAAAUUGUGUAAGCUCUGUUCUUACCUAUAAAGUCUG